AUGCUGCCCCUGCUCGCCGCGCUGCUGGCCGCCGCCUGCCCGCUGCCGCCCGCCCGCGGCGGGGUCGCGGACGCGCCGGGCCUCCUCGGGGCGCCCCCCAACGCCUCCGUCAACGCGUCGUCCGCGGGCGAGCCCGCCACCCCGCGGCUGCUGUCCUCGGCGGCUGCCGGGGCCCCCGAGCGGCCGGGCCCGGAGGAGGCGGCGGCGCCGUGCAACAUCAGCGUGCAGCGCCAGAUGCUGAGCUCGCUGCUCGUGCGCUGGGGCCGCCCGCGGGGCUUCCAGUGCGACCUGCUGCUCUUCUCCACCAAUGCGCACGGCCGCGCCUUCUUCGCCGCCGCCUUCCACCGCGUCGGGCCGCCGCUGCUCAUCGAGCACCUGGGGCUGGCGGCCGGCGGCGCGCAGCAGGACCUGCGCCUCUGCGUGGGCUGCGGCUGGGUGCGCGGGCGCCCGCCCGGCCGCCUCCGGCCCGCCGCCGCCGGGGCGCCCACCGCGCUGCCCGCCUACCCCGCGGCCGAACCCGCCGGGCCGCUGUGGCUGCAGGGCGAGCCGCUGCACUUCUGCUGCCUGGACUUCAGCCUCGAGGAGCUGCAGGGCGAGCCGGGCUGGCGGCUGAACCGUAAGCCCAUCGAGUCCACGCUGGUGGCCUGCUUCAUGACCCUGGUCAUCGUCGUGUGGAGCGUGGCCGCCCUCAUCUGGCCGGUGCCCAUCAUCGCCGGCUUCCUGCCCAACGGCAUGGAGCAGCGCCGGACCACCGCCAGCGCCGCCAGCGCCGCCCCCGCCGCCGUGCCCGCGGGGACCACCGCCGCCGCCGCCGCUGCCGCCGCCGCCGCCGCCGCCGCCGCCGCCGUGACCUCGGGGGCCGCGACCAAGUGA